AAGGGGAGUCCGCAGUGCUUUACAGAAGCAAAGAAAUGAUUGGAAACAAGACUAAAUGAAAAGCUGAAAAUUAAGAUAAAAUGCCAAUAUGAAAGCAGAAAAGAGUGCUUAAAAGUAAAAUGACAAAAAGCAGGAAGUCAAGUUUUAGCUUAAAUCAAAGCAGAGUCAUUGCUUGGAUUGAAGCUGUGUUUCUGCCAUGGACGGUGACGCUUGUGUUGAAGAGAAGAAUGGCGGAGAUGCUGCUCAGGACAAAGUUAAGAUAGAACCAGCAGCAACAACUCCGCAUAGAUAUACCAAGGAGGAGCUUCUUGAUAUAAAAGAGCUACCAAUCUCCAAUGAAAGGCCAGACUGUCUCUCAGAGAAAUAUGACAGUGAUGGUGUCUGGGACCCUGAGAAGUGGCACGCCUCGCUGUAUCCCACAUCAGGGCGUAAUUCUCCACUGGAAGGCUUUAAGAAGGAAUAUUUGGAGGAUAGAGUUCCACUGAAACGAAGGAUCCCAGAUCCUCGUGAGAGGUUAAAGGAAGAUGACUUGGAUGUCAUACUGAGCCCACAGCGUCGCAGCUUUGGAGGUGGAUGCCAAGGGAACGCUGCGCCCACGCUCCACUCCUCCCGACCCAUCAGCCCACUUGAAAAUAAGGAGAAUGAGACUCUCCGUUUAGGAGGGAACCGAAGAAUUGGAAGUGGUCGCAUCAUUACUGCCCGGGCCUUUGAGCGAGAAGCCCGCCUUGAGAAGGAGAGGGAACGGGAUGUCAGAAACUUCAAAGACAAAAGAUUCAGGAGAGAUUUUGGAGAUAAACGUGUGUUUAGUGAACGGAGAAGGAAUGACUCUUACGCAGAGGAGGAGCCAGAGUGGUUCUCUGGUGGUCCUACGAGCCAGUCUGAGACGAUCGAGCUCAUUGGAUUUGAUGAUAAAAUACUGGAAGAUGACAGACGCAAGUCCAGGCGCUCAAGGAAGAGGACAGAGUCCGUGAAAGAAGAGUGUAAUGGACAGCUAGAGGAACAAAAUGUGAGUCUGCGAUCUUCAGCCGAUCAGGAAGUUCCCCACGCUGAUGUGCUGCCAGAGCAGUCCACUGGUGACUUUGACUUCAACGAAUUUUUCAAUCUGGAGAAGACCAUGCCAGGAUUGGCGUCUAUGAUAGAGGAUGUUUUAGGGGAAGGGCCUGUAUCAGCUAGCCGCUUCAGUCAAUGGUUCUCCAGUAACUUGAGCCCUUCAGGCAGCUGCUCCAGCAGUCUGAGGUCCACUCCGCAUGAGGAACUGGAAAAACUAGCAGGCCUUGAAGCCCUUGGCACGUCCUCUGGCCAAGGUCCUGCCCCAUUUUUCACACCCAUUCAAUCAGAGUGCAAGGAGAAGGUGGACAUACUGGAGCUGUUGCACAAGGCUAAAGUAGACUUGAAGCCUCUUCUCUCCAACCUUUCGCUCAACAAGGCUCGGCUACGGGAAAACACUCAUUCUGGAGCAGUGCUGUCCCUGGAGGAGGUGGAAGGAGGAAUGAAGGGCAUGAAACUGGGCUCAGAACCACAAAUGCAAAAGGUAGCGCCUACACGGAGAGGAAACGGGACGCCCUUCAUGGCUGAGCACUUAGAAGAGGCUUUAACAGGUGGUCCUAGUGCUCGUCCACGGUCGCGUGACACAGACAUGUCAGCCUUUAAUAAACUGGUUAGCAGCAUGAAGGCAAGUGGAACUCUGCCAACUCACCCUAAAACCAACUCAAGCAAUCAACCUUUAGACCAAUCUAUGGUGGCUCUGACUGAAGUUCCGAUACCUCCUCAGCAACCGAAAAACAUAUUCCAGGAGCUCUUAGGAGGGCCUGCUCGUAGUCGCUCCCCAGUGCUACUUUGCAACCUUUUGGGCAACUCUGAGGUCUCACUUGCUCCCAACUCUGUACAUGGCCUGCUGCACAAGGGUCCCUCACCACCUCUCUUCCCUCAGAGGUCACUCUCACCAGACUACUUUAACAGUCACUUGCAACAUUCAGCAGGCUUUCCUGUUGGUGCUCAGCCCAUGAUGGCGGAACCAUAUGCUGAGGUUCACAGGUCUAUGAGCCCAGCGUCUGCACCCCAGCACCAGAUGAGGCCGCUCUCAAUGCCAGUGAAUCAUGCAGAUCUCGAAGCCUUAGCAUUUCAACAGGAUCUUGCACUGCAUGCCCAUCACCAGUUCCCGUCUGGCUACAACAGGAUACAACAGGACAAAUCUUUUCGAAAUCGUCCACAGCGUCUUAACCGCUCCCCUGGUCCAGGCCCCCAGCUUGCUGGGAGAAACUCACCAGGCAGUGCUGUCACCAGUAUGUUGUCUCCAUCAUUUACACCUACGUCGGUUAUCCGCAAAAUGUAUGCAACAAAAGAGAAAAGCAAAGAUGAUCCAUCAAGUCGCUCAGAGACCAAAGAUGAGGCAGCAGCAUACUCUCAAGAUGAGAACAACUUGCCGAGUUUACACAUGGAAGCGACAGAAGGGAAUGGCACCCAGUCUGGCGGCGUAAAGUCCAGCUCUAAGACUUUGCCAAGCAAGGACCAGGAGCGUCUCAGGCCACAUUCUACCAGACAUCAUACGGCUACCACAGCACCGCCAGGACCACUCUCAUCUUUCCAACGUUCUGUCUACCCAGUACCACUGCUAUCCCACGUACCAAUGGUGCGCCCUCCUCCUCAGCUCCACCCCAAUGUGGUUCAACGAAUGUUUGCACAGGGAAUCCAACCCCAGCAGCUUGGACCAGCGCUGGUCCAAGCAGGUAUAUAUCCACCCCAUGUUGACCUUGCGCAACUUCAAGGCUUGCCCCCUGCAAUACUGGGCCAAACACUGUACCCUCUGAGUGCAACAGCAGGGCACCCGCUUCUACCUCCCAGAGCAAACAGUCAGAUGCAGCUUGCAAUGAUGCAGCAGCAACUUCAACAGAGACAAAUACAUCAGGGCGUCCCAGGUCCACAGUCUCAGAGCCAAGGGCUUCAUCGGAUGAAUGGCCCCCAGCAACACGACAGAAGUCCCCCCCCAGGCCUGGCCAAGUGGUUUGGAUCUGACGUGCUGGAUCAACAACUCCCUUCCAUGCCGGCCAAGGUCAUAAGUGUAGAUGAGUUGGAGUUCCGGCCUUAGGGGACUUGAUGCUGAGGUGGACAGCAAAAUAUAUUUUCCCUUUCUCUCCCUGAUUGCAUUUAAAUGUGAACUUUAAUUUGAAGCCACAGCACACACCUGGACAGUCUUUUCAACUCCAACCUCAGUCAAAGCUCUUACAGAUUAUGUAAGCUGGGCAUUGGAGAUUUGUUACUGCAGCUAAGUGUCUUUUUUUUUUUGUCCCUCUCUUUUUGUAUUAGACUCUAGAAGUAAAUUUGGAAGUAAGUUAUGUAUAUUCACGAUUGUACAGAUGAUGGGAACUUAUCUUAGUCCCCCUGUAUAUAGCAAUGGUUUCUUUUUCUAGGUAUAGGGAAGGUGAAACUAUCAUGUCAAGUUUAAAUGCUGUUAGACUGUCACUAAAAGCGUGUAGCACUCCUUUUGUAGACUUUAGUUUUCCUCAUGAACUGCACUGAGAGCUACUGCAAGCGAAGGACGGGGCGGUUGGGUGUGUUCUCUUCCCUUGCUGGUGGCUCACUUCCGUAGAUGUGACAAGCAGGAUCAUUUCAAGACUACUCCAAGGGACUGCUGGUUGUGCCUUCUGUGUAUUUUUGUUUUCCUUUGGAACUGUAACCUCUCCCAUCCAAGCUGCCACAAGAGGCAGUCUCACAAUUUCUGGAGGUGUCUGGAUUCAUUUUGUGCUAUUAAGUUAUAAAGCACAAAUAGAAUAAAUAAAUAAAAUGGUGACAAACAA